UGAUAGCAUCCUUGGAAAAAAUAAUAAAUAAAUUCCAAAGCGAACUCGGAAACUGUGAACCAACUAUGAUAAAUUGAUAUACUAUAUUAUAAAUUCAUUUAUGAACUGUUAUGCAAUGCGCUUUUAAUUAAAAAAAGUGUACAUUUUAAUUGAACAACCAAUAAAUAUUUUAAUUAAAAUAAAUUGUGAUAUUCGCUUUAAUAAAUAUGGCCGAGAACAAUAACGAAAGUGAUAUUCGUGAAAAAGCGAAAGACAUCGAAACAGACACAGAUGGUCAUUCCAAUAGCACAGCUGUUGCUACCAUUGGCUCUCCGGAGGAUGCACCAGCGGACUUUGACAAGGCAAUUGUUGCCUCUGGCUUUGGACGCUUCAAUCUAAUCCUGUUGAUUGUCGCAAUUCCAGCAACAUGUGCCAAUAUGUUUGAAUCUACCACAAUGUCAUACAUUCUGCCCAUUGCGGAAUGUGAUCUUCACUUAACACUAACGGAUAAGGGAGUCCUGAAUGCCUGUGCAUAUGCCGGCAUGAUUAUUUCCGCUAUUCCCUGGGGAUAUUUGGCUGAUACAAAGGGUCGUCGCAAGGUGCUUGUCUGUGGUUACCUCCUAACCUGCAUCUGUGUCCUUGGCAGUGCGCUGAGUCAGAACUUUAUAAUGCUGGUAACUUUCAAGUUUCUAGGCGGUCUCAUGGUGAAUGGCCCUGCAGCUGUGCUCUUCACGUAUCUCACCGAAAUGCAUGGUCCCAAAUACAGAUCCCAUGUACUGAUGGUUGUUGGAAUGAUAACAUCCGCCUCCACUUUGUUGCUGCCUAUGCUGGCGUGGGGAAUCUUUCCCAGAGAUUGGGACUUUCUACUCUUUGGUAUUCUCGACAUUCACAGCUGGCAGAUCUUCUUGUUUGUCUGUGCAUUGCCCAGUUUAAUUAGUGGACUUGUGCUAUAUGCAAUGCCAGAGAGUCCCAGAUUUCUAAUGGGCCAGGGCCGAAAUACGGAGGCCUUGGAGAUGUUGCAAAGGAUCUAUCACAUUAACACGGGAAAGCCAAAGGACACCUAUCCAAUCAAAUCCCUUAUACUGGAGGUACCAAGUCGUGAUGCCCAGAAGGAUGAAGUUAUCUACACCAUCGAGGAGAAGGCAGCGGAUAAAACGGAGCCUGUCAAGCGUCCAAGUCGAAGUCUGUUGGAGAGUCUGCGAGCUGGAAUGCUUCAGAUGAAGCCCAUGUUCCAUAAGCCACUGCUGGGUCUGGCUAUACAUUGUUACACGAUGCAGUUCUGUAUAUUUCUGGGCAUGAACACCAUACGCCUCUGGCUACCUCAGCUGUUCGCCUCAAUGGCGGAAUAUGAGGCGCAGUAUGCCAAUGAAGGUGGCUCAGCAACCAUGUGCACAAUUCUCGAAUACAGUGUGAAUAAAACAGCCGAUACUCUAGCAAAUCAUGAGAACGUUUGCGCUGUGCCUAAAACAAUUUCAAUGGAUAUGUAUAUAAACAAUAUUAUCGUGUCGUUCUGUGGACUUUUGGGCUACUUUUUUGCCGGAGCGAUAAUUAAAUUAAUUGGCGCCAAACGUUUGUUAACUUAUGGUCUGCUCGUAUCUGGAGUCCUUGGCAUUGCGCUCUAUUGGUCUGUUAACAGCCUGUCCACUAUUGUAAUCUCUUCGGCCUUUGUUACUGUGUCGGGCGUUGCUGUUUCCUCCCUUCUGGGCGCAGUUGUUGCGCUCUUUCCCACACAAUUGCGAUCUCUUGUUGUGGCCAUUGCCAUGAUGUUUGGUCGUUUGGGAGCACUCUCUGGAAAUCUACUUUUUCCGAUAUUCAUACAGAUCGGAUGUGUUCCGCCCUUUGUGAUGGUCGCUUCAGUUAUGUUGCUUGCUGCCCUGCUUUCAAUUUUCGUACCCAAUCCCAAAAAGGCAGCUUUUACUUAAAAUAUUUAUCUUAUCUUACAUAAUUAUUCUAUAUAAUUUUUUUUGUAAUGACUGUUUAUAUUAGUGUUAUAUUACUCUAACUUAAGUUGUAAAAAGUAUUUGCUGACAAGCUUUUAGUUGUAGUGCUAUAAUUUUACUCGUAACUGUAACAUACAAAUGCAAGUACUUAAUAUAAAAUAAGUCCAGUUUAUUCAGAA